AUGAGUACACAGAGUAAGAGUCACUUCUGGAGUGCUUCGACGUGGAAAGCUCGUCUGAAGCGUGGCAACAGCGCUCAGUCGACCACCAGCACCUUCGAUGAGUUCGUCUCUGCGCACUCCUCCAUGCGCACCGACCAGACAGCCCAGACCCACGCGGCGGAGGACCUGACCGAGGAGCAGACUGAACGGCUCUCUCAGUACUCGCCCUCGGUCUACUCGAAAGAGGAGGAUGUUCGUUCCCCGGUCCUGCCGCCGUCCGAUGAUAAGAAGGAGGACCUGGCCGAGUAUUACCUCAUGUCGCCAAACCGCCGCCACUCUCGUCCCUAUGCGGUGAGCAGUGGUGAGUGGGUGCUGAUACCGACGUCCGACUCUUCUCCGGGUUCAGUUGGGAGGGUACUGUCGCUGGACGACCUGAACGAGGUACAGCUAGCGUACUCAUUCGACGGCGUUCUCAAGGUCUUCGUCAAGGUCUAUGCGAUGGCCAAAGUCAUGCAUGUGAUCUUCUUGAGUUUCGGUGUUGAGCUUGAUGACACUGAAACGGGCCUGCUGUACUGGAUCAAGCGCGCGGAGAGAGACGUCCGAACUGGCGAGCUCGCCGUUCUGAUUGAGAUUGUGGAGAACCUCUUCUAUGCGCUCUACUCCCGAAUGAUCAUCGAAAUGGCCGGCAUCGAACUCUGCGCUCUCUUCAAAGUCGAAUUGCGGCCCGUGGCUGGCUCUCGACAGUACCACCUUCCCGAUCCAAACCACAUGUACCGAAUCUUUCUCGCUUGCAAAGACAACCUUGACAAUUACAAUGUCUGCGAGUUGCUUCAGGAAGGAGUCGUGCAUAGAUGGCAGGAUGCCUUUAUUAGCUGUUUUGCGACAAAGGAAGCUGGGAAUGGGCUCAAUCCCGAUGACCUGUUAGGCUACCGUCAGUUCGCUCGAAAUGUUGUCUGGGAUCCCUGCUCUGCGUACGUGACCAAAUGGCGCUUUCUGGUCCCUUUUUUCCCUUCCAUCCCCAGAGAGAUCCUGAUUCUCAUGUCCGAGAAAUGGUUCACCGUUAUGCCCAAGGCUACACUUCCUGACGAUGUCCCCUCUUCCGAACUCCCUUUCAUUGACCUCAAACGAGUCAAUCCGGCGCAAUGGGAGAAAGAACUCAUUGUUGACUAUCGACUGGCCAGCUUGAGCAAAUUGGAAGGCAGGGCGAUUGGAGAGGAGCGUCGUGACGAUCCCAAGAUCCGACUGCUGAACUCGGCCAAAUGUCACAAAUGUAUUUGUACGUCGAGCUGUCUGUGUGCUAAAGAGUGCACCCUUUAUGUGGAGAGUGCUUGUCCAUGCUCUGAACGAUACGUACGCCUCAUGACGGCUCGUCUCAGCAAAGGGCCCGGCCGAUUUGGUUUUACUACUCGUGCGAACACGGCUGCUCGUGCGUGCUGGGAGUCGUUUGCUAUGCUUCGACGGGACGUCUCAGACGAGACUUUCCUCCUCGAGUGGAGCGAGGCGUUUGCGGUUUUUGAGUUGGAGAUUCAGAAGGAGCGCUGGGGUAAGCAGGCUUGA